AUCCUGGGGCUGCCGGGCAGACCCCAGCCCAAGGCCUCUGCCGGGGGCAAGCUGCCCUCCUCCGCCCCGCUCUUCAUGCUGGACCUUUACCACGCCAUGGCGGGAGGAGGAGGAGGACGAUCCGUCUCCCGGCCCGUGCUGACCAGUCUGAGCGUCCAGACGCCUCCCUUGGGAAGGGUCAUCAACGGGGCGGACACGGUGAUGAGCUUCGUCAACGUGGUUGAACACGACAGAGACAUCUUCUCCCAGAAGCCGUACUGGAAGGAAUUUCGGUUUGACCUGACCCAGAUUCCCACAGGAGAGUCAGUAACAGCUGCUGAAUUCCGAAUUUAUAAGCUGCGAAGUUUCAUUCGUGAUGUCAACAAAACCCUGCACAUCGGUAUCUAUGAGAUCAUGAAGGAGCAUUCCAACAGGGAAUCUGACUUAUUCCUCUUAGACCUUCAGGAGCUGCAGGCCGGGGUCGAAGGCUGGUUGGUUUUCAAUACUAAUCCAGCUGUCUGUGAAAAUCUUUUCAGCCAGCAUUUAUUGGCAAACGUGUGUUUUCGGCCCACUGCAGGACACAGCAUCGAUCCAGGCUUAGCGGGACUGCUGGGUCGGCGCGGGCCACGCUCCAAGCAGCCUUUCAUGGUCACUUUUUUCCGGGCAAGCCAAAAUCCGGUCCGGGUUACUCGAGCCGUCAAGCAGCUAAGGAAGAGGCAGCCCAAGAAAACGAACGACUUACCGCAUCCAAACAAGCUUCCCGGGAUUUUUGAUGACAUUCAUGUCUCUGAAGGCAGACAGGUUUGCAGGAGGCACGAACUCUAUGUCAGCUUUCAGGACCUUGGAUGGCUGGACUGGGUGAUUGCCCCCCAGGGAUAUUCCGCCUUUUACUGCGAAGGAGACUGCGCCUUUCCUCUGGAUUCCUGCAUGAAUGCAACCAACCACGCCAUCCUGCAGUCCCUGGUUCAUCUGAUGAAGCCCGAGGCGGUUCCCAAGGCCUGUUGUGCGCCCACCAAGCUCAGCGCGACCUCGGUCCUCUAUUACGACAGCAACAACAACGUGAUCCUCAAAAAGCACCGCAACAUGGUCGUGAAAUCCUGCGGCUGCCACUGACGGAGGAAAUGCGCCCGCUGGUUUUCCGGCGCGGAGAAAGACCUCAUUUCACGGUCUGGAGCCCAGCUAGCUGUUGCCAAAGUCCAGAAGAGUCCAACGCCUAGUGGUAGAUAAUACAAACCUGUUCCAGGUGCGAUCUCCCUGGUCCGGCACCCUCAGGUCCUGUCCGGUCCUGAAUGAGGGAAUUUGCCAGAUCAGGGGAGGUCCCCUGCCGGCCCCGCCCUGCUGCUAGCUCCGCUUCUGAAUCUGGUAGCCCCCUGCCACCAGCCGGCUCUGCUGCCAACCCUGGCAGGAUUGUGGUCCCCCUGCCGCCCGCCAGCUCCCCCGACCCGUGGGCUCUGUGGUCCAGAAACGUCCGUGGUCCUGCUGGACCUCAGAUGUUGCCAGAGCAGAGAGGCUCAGUUUAAGGAGGUGCAACCUGCAUUCUCCUCCUCUAGUUCACAAGACUAGCGAGAGCAGCCCGGAGACUGCUUAAGUCCAGGGUGGGGUGAGAGAAGGGUUGGCUGGCGGGUGAGGGUUAGUCUGUACCCGGGACCAGGCCGAGGAAGGCAGGACGUGAGUGGCUUCGGAAUCGCUCCCUCGCUCACCACUUACGGCCAAGCACCCUGGAGUGAACAAGCACUUACGAUUAAAUGAAAACGCGGCCGGCCACUUAAAUAGCUGGCUAACUAACCUCCCUCCCCCCACCACAACAUUUAAAAAUGGGCCAACUGGAAAAAAAAUUCUGAGCUAGGCCAGACAAAGCCCCGGCUGGGUUGAUUUAGUUGGGAUUGGUCCUGCCUUGGGCAGGGGGCUGGACUUGACGCCUUCUGAGGGCUCUUCCAGUGCUGUGAUUCUAUGAAAAUAAACCCCUUAUCUGGGAAGUAAACACUUCGGCUGUGUCUACGCUGGCCGCUUGAAUUUCCGCAAGAACACUAACGAUCUCAUGUAAGAUUGUCAG